UUGAAAAAAAUAAAAGUGUUUUCCUUCUCUGCAAGUUAUUUGCUUUUUAGACGAAGAACGGGAAGAGGAGCUAACUCGCUAAAACCUCACUCGAACUCACGCCAAGUUCGAUCCUCACUAUUCCUUCUUCUCAGGUGCACUUGAAAUUUAGCUAUGGCUAGCUCUGCGAUUGAUGUUCCUCCCAAGGGUGGGUUUAGUUUUGAUCUCUGCAGAAGAAAUGAUAUGCUUGCGAAGAAGGGUCUUAAAUCUGCAUCUUAUCUUAAGACUGGAACUACCAUUGUCGGUUUAAUUUUCAAGGAUGGUGUUAUUCUUGGAGCAGAUACACGAGCUACCGAAGGCCCUAUUGUUGCUGACAAGAACUGUGAGAAAAUUCAUUAUAUGGCACCAAACAUAUAUUGUUGUGGAGCAGGAACUGCUGCGGAUACAGAGGCAGUAACAGACAUGGUUAGCUCCCAAUUGCAAUUGCACCGCUACCACACUGGGCGAGAAUCAAGGGUUGUUACUGCACUGACCCUUCUCAAGAAACACCUUUUCGGCUAUCGAGGUUACGUGUCAGCCGCUUUGGUGCUCGGUGGGGUUGAUGUUACUGGACCUCAUUUACACACUAUAUAUCCUCAUGGAUCAACUGACACCUUGCCAUUUGCUACAAUGGGAUCGGGUUCUCUAGCUGCAAUGGCUGUAUUUGAAUCAAAGUACAAAGAAGGCCUGACUAGGGAUGAAGGGAUUCAACUCGUAACCGAGGCGAUAUGUUCCGGGAUAUUUAAUGACUUGGGAAGUGGAAGUAACGUUGAUGUUUGCGUCAUAACCAAGGGGCAGAAGGAUUAUCUGAGAAACUACCUCUUACCGAACCCUCGAACAUACGUCAGUUCGAAAGGCUAUUCCUUCCCCAAGAAAACGGAGGUUCUGUUGACGAAGAUCACGCCAUUGAAGGAAAAAGUCGAGAUAAUCGAAGGAGGAGAUGCUAUGGAGGAGUGAGAACAAGAAAAACUCAGGGUUGCGGGGCUCGGGUAAUUUCGAAGUAUGGUUCUUUUUUCUUUCCUCGAGUGGAUAUUACUAGAAAAUUCAGUUUUCAUGUUGUCAAUGACUUGAUUUAAACUUGAUUAUCAAUAUUUCCAACCCAAGAGGGCUGUUGUUAGAUAGAGCCAGUUGUUUGUUCAAAUCACCCUGACUUCCUUAGAAUUUGAUAACUUUUCUUAGUAUGAUCUUCGGUAUUGUUUACAUUCAAAUGAAUCUGAAGGUCGCUAGUUUCAUUUCA